UAUAUUUUUUAGGUUUUGUUGUAUCUUAAAUUGUUGUUUUAUAAAUAUUUUAUAAAUAUAUGUGGAAUCACUUACACAUCCACAAAGAUAUUUUCAAGUAUCAUGUUCAAUAAUCAUGUUUUGAUAAUUGCUUUGCUGGAUUAUGGCUCAGUUGUAGUAACAUUUUUUACAUUUAUCUCUUAAUUUUUGGCCAGUCUAGGAAUAACUGGUAUUUGCUGACCACUUUCUCCUUCCUUCCUUUUGUUUGUUUUAGUUAGUUUGUUUAUAGGUUUUUUAUUUGCCUUACAGAAGGUUUUGUCCGGAGAUUCUUCAGGGGGGGUUUGUUAUGUCUAGGCUUCCUUUUGUGUUGUUUUUGUAGUGUUUUACAGAAUAGAGACAGGGCAACUGGAGCAGAAUAGGUUGUUGCUGCGACGUGUGUUGUUUUCUGAGCGUCAUCGACAACUCGAUAAAACACGAAGUAACAAAAACCUUUCCCCCUGCAGGACCGAUUGAGAAAGAAUAAACUGAAUUAGCCAGGCUUGACAGAGACAGUAACGAAAUGUCAUCAAACACGUUUUAUUAUUGUUGUUGUUAAUACUACUUAGUAGUAGUAGUAUUAACAACAAUAAUAAAAAAACUAAAGAAAAAAACUGCGAAAACUACUGAAUUAAAUUGAAUACCUUUUUAAAAUAUAUUUCGACAGACUUAAAAGCUGUGGGUUUGUUUCUCCUCAUUUAUGCUCCAACACUGCCAUCUGCUGGGUCUUGUGGCAUCACACACUAUAUUGCCAAAAGUAUUCGCUCACCCGUCCAAAUAAUCGGAAUCAGGUGUUCCAAUCACUUCCAUGGCCACAGGUGUAUCGAAUCAAACCCCUGGGCAUGCAGACUGUUUUUCUAAACAUUUGUGAAAGAGUGGGUCGCUCUCAGGAGCUCCGGGAAUUCCAGCGUGGAACUGUGAUAUUCCAUAUAUACCUAAAUAUUCCACAGUCAACUGUCAGCUGUAUUAUAAGAACACGGAAGUUUUUGGGAACGACAGCAACUCAGCCAAAAGCGGUACAGCUCCAACACCAGGGUCCAAUAAAAAGGAGGGCCCAAAGAUCACAUGUUGUAUGGACCACCCACAGGACCUGUGUUUGGAUAUGGGAUACUACUCUGCACAGCUGGGGUCCUGGGAGCACAGGGCCAGAGAUGCACAGUCAAGGACAGGGUUCGUGGACAGGAAGGCCUAUCAAGCCAAGGAAAAGCCCUGAAGAGCAGCAACUCCCUGAGGACAGAGUCUUGUCAACCUCCAAAGCCAACCUCCAAAGCCAGCAUCAAGAUAAGAAGUUCAUCAUAGCCAAUGCCCGUGUGCAGAACUGCGCUAUCAUCUACUGCAAUGACGGUUUCUGUGAGAUGACUGGCUUCUCCAGGCCGGAUGUCAUGCAGAGGCCAUGUACCUGUGACUUCCUGCACGGCCAGUUCACCAGCCGCCAUGCUGUGGCCCAGGUGGCCCAGGCCCUGCUGGGCUCCGAGGAACGCAAGGUGGAGAUCACUUACCACCGGAAGGAUGGGUCAAACUUCCUCUGUGCCACCCACAUUAUCCCAGUGAAGAAUGAGGAGGGUGUGGUCAUGAUGUUCAUCCUCAACUUUGACUACAUCCUGGAGGAGGGCAGCAGUGACUCACUGGAGAGACUCAAUCACGCCUCACCUUCCAAGGCUGAGCGAAAAGGAAAAUUCUUCCGCUUUCGCUUCCCAUCCUUACCUCUUCCGGGUAUCAACAAGCAGUCUCUGCCACAGGAAGACCCUGACGCCGUCAUGGUGGACUCCCCUCGUCACAGCGAUGGCUCCGCGGCCACGCACGACUACCAACUCCCGGCCACCCGUGACAGCUGCAGCCCUUCUUAUGCCAAUGACACCCGUGCCCUGAUUGGCCCCAGCCACUGCUCAACUCCUGUGUCUGGGCCUCUGGACCAUUCUUCACCCAAAGGCCCCUGUAGUAGGAUAUACCAGGAACAAGCCUUCCACCAGACCCAACACCAGAACCAGAACCAGAACCAGGAGGACACAUUAACCACUGUUCCAUCGAUCCCUGGUCUCACUCCAACCCCCUCCGGAGGGAGUGUGUGCAGUAUUCGCAGAGCCUCUUCUGUACAUGAUAUGGAAGGGUUUGGGUUCAAGUCCAAGAUGGUGUUCAGAGACAGACAUGCCAGUGAAGACAACGGCCGCAAUAUCAAAGUAUCUCGUUCCUGGAUGGCUGGGGGUCCUCUCAGCCAAAUCAAGUCCAGUCUUCUUGGCUCCACCUCAGACUCCAACCUUAACAAGUACAGCACCAUCAACAAAAUCCCCCUCAUCACACUUAACUUCUCCGAGACCACCAAUGACAAGAAGUGUCCGUCCCCUCCGUCCUCUGAGAAAACCAUCAUCGCGCCAAAGGUCAAGGAUCGCACGCACAAUGUCACCGACAAGGUCACGCAGGUUUUGUCUCUGGGUGCAGAUGUUCUACCAGAGUACAAGCUCCAGACCCCACGGAUCGACAAGUGGACCAUCCUCCACUACAGCCCCUUCAAGGCUGUGUGGGACUGGCUGAUCCUGCUGCUCGUCAUCUACACAGCCAUCUUCACACCCUACUCUGCCGCCUUCCUCCUCAACGACAUCGGGGAGCAGAGGAGACGCGAAUGUGGCUACUCCUGCUCGCCACUCAACGUGGUGGACCUGAUCGUGGACAUCAUGUUUAUCGUGGACAUCCUCAUAAACUUCAGGACCACAUAUGUCAACAACAACGAGGAGGUGGUCAGCCACCCUUCAAAGAUCGCCAUCCAUUACUUCAAAGGCUGGUUCCUCAUAGACAUGGUGGCGGCCAUUCCCUUUGACCUGCUCAUCUUUGGCUCAGGAUCGGACGAGACAACUACUCUGAUUGGUCUACUGAAGACGGCCCGUCUCCUUCGUCUCGUUCGAGUUGCACGGAAGUUAGACCGCUACUCAGAGUAUGGUGCAGCCGUCCUCAUGUUGCUCAUGUGCAUCUUUGCCCUCAUCGCCCACUGGUUGGCCUGCAUUUGGUACGCUAUUGGCAACAUGGAGAAGCCCUACCUGGAGCACAAGAUUGGCUGGUUGGACAACCUGGGUGUGUCCAUAGGAAAAAAAUACAACUACAGUGAUCCAAACUCAGGUCCCUCCAUCAAGGACAAGUACGUCACAGCUCUGUAUUUCACCUUCAGCAGUCUGACCAGUGUAGGUUUUGGGAACGUCUCCCCGAACACCAACUCUGAAAAGAUCUUCUCCAUCUGCGUCAUGCUGAUUGGAUCUCUAAUGUACGCCAGCAUCUUUGGGAACGUGUCGGCCAUCAUCCAGAGGUUGUAUUCAGGUACGGCUCGGUAUCAUCUCCAGAUGCUGAGGGUGAAAGAAUUCAUCCGCUUUCACCAGAUCCCAAACCCACUGAGGCAGAGAUUGGAGGAGUAUUUCCAACACGCCUGGACGUACACCAAUGGCAUCGACAUGAAUAUGGGUUUCCCUGAGUGCCUGCAGGCAGACAUCUGCCUCCACCUCAACCAGAACCUCCUACAGGGUUGCAAGGCUUUUGAUGGAGCCACAAAAGGUUGUCUCCGGGCAUUAGCCAUGAGGUUCAAGACCACCCAUGCGCCCCCUGGUGACACCCUGGUCCACUGUGGCGAUGUGCUGACAGCUCUUUACUUCGUCUCUCGUGGUUCCAUCGAAAUCCUCAAAGAUGAUGUGGUGGUGGCCAUCUUGGGUAAAAACGAUAUCUUUGGUGAGAUGAUGCACCUGUUCUCCAAGCCGGGCAAAUCCUGUGCCGACGUCAGGGCCCUCAGUUACUGCGACCUUCACACCAUCCAGAGGGAGGAGAUCUUGGAGGUUCUUGACAUGUAUCCAGAGUUUGCUGACCAGUUCCUUACUAACCUGGAGCUGACCUUUGACCUGCGUGAUGAGAAUGUCAAGACAAACGCCACUGAUGAAGCAAUACACAAGGAGGACCUCAAAUGCCAGAAGCAAGUGUCCUACAGAAGGAAGUCGUCCACAGCUUCCCAAAACAACGAGCCGGUGGCCGCCUACGGUGACAGCGGACCAACGGGGAGGAGAGAGUCAGCCAGGGAGACACAGGACCCGGAGGAGGAGGACGAGGACGGAGAGGAAGAGGAACAGAGGCCUUUGUGUUCUAGUGUGCUGGGCUACCCGGUCGUCAGGGACCACUCCCUGGGCAAUGGGGUGAGCAGCGCCCCUGAUGGACAGACACAGAACACAGGAGAGUACGCAGGGCAUCACGCAGAUGGGUGGGAACAGCAGCCUCCCAGAGAGGACACGGAGGAGACGGUCCAGUGUCAGGAGACUCCAGCUGGGGACGACAGUGACACUGACCUCACCUAUGGAGAGGUGGAGCAGCGCCUUGACCUGCUGCAGCAGCACCUCAACAGGCUGGAGUCCCAGAUGACCUCAGACAUCCAGGCCAUUUUGCAGCUCCUCCAGAGACAAACUGCAGCAGGUCCUCCUGCCUACAGCACCGUCACCUCCAGCCCUGAAUACCACAGGCCUGCAGUCAGAGUCCAGCCGGUGUGUGCCGUUCAGACCCAGAUGAGCCUGGGUCCUGCUCCAACUCCACCCCAGAGGCCUGAUACUGAAAGCAAAUCCAAAGACACGUCCCCUCCUCCAACCCUCCUCCACACAGAGGCCGCCCCAGAUGGGGACUUGGCUGAACUUCUGGACAGAGACACAAACACAAAGCAGAGACACAGACAAAAUGACGUGAACUCUCGACAACAACGCCAUCAGGAGGUGACGGCCAGCUUCCCCUCAGGUCGACUGGGCUCUUUACCUGACGUCCCCAGCAGCAGCAGCAGCAGCAGCAGCAGCAGCUCCGGGCUGUUGGGACUUCACAGGCCAGUUUCUGACCCAGGGCUUCAGGGGAAGUAGCGCCAUUUGCACCCUUUUCUUCUGGCCUCUGGACACUGACUGAAGGUUUUCUUACAAGUUUGACUCAGGGUCUAAGAAAGAGACUGAAUAUGCAACGGAAAAACUCUCACCAUUCUUCCAUUUCUUCUGGUGACACUAUCAAGCCCUGUCCUCCUUUUCCUGAAGGAUGUGUUGCAAACAUUUUUACAGAGUUAUUUAUACAACACACUUGUAUCUUCCCUCAUCUACUGUGUACAUACUUCUUUUUUUCUUUUGGGAUUUUUACUCUGUACAUAUCUGGAAUAGGACACUGCCAGUAACACACAGCACCUGGUUUACUUCCUCAAGGGGAAAUGCAUGACUUUUUUUUCGGUCUCACUUUGGGUUGCAUGUUCCUCUCGCACACAUAAACUCAUAAGCUGUGUCCCAAUUCAUGGUCUGUAGCCAACAUAGGUUGCAUUUGUCAUUUGUCAAUUUCAUGACAAUUUCAUGUCAAUUUUCCUCAAAGAAAGAAAACUCAC